UGGAAAAUGUUUUGCCAGUUUGAAGCUGGUUCCCAAAGCAAAGGUGCUGCAAUGGCACCGUCUGUCUCUCCUUUCUUCCUACUAACAGUGUCUGUCCUUCCUUCACAAUUCAGCUUAUUUCAGCCAAGCACUGACAGAAGGGACAGAAGUUGGUAAUUUCCAGAGCUGAAUAAAGCAGGCAAAGGAGAGAAAGCUCCCGCUGCUACCAGGAUAAAGUGCAAGCCUUGGUAGGCACCCAAGAAGCCACGUUGAAGACCUUCAAGACGUGAGUCAGUAGAAAAUGAGGCUUUGCUGCCUCUGCAGUGCAGACUUGGGCCUUUUUGGAGCCCGUCAGUGUUGAGCUGAAGCCUUUACACCCUCAUCAGGUACCAGCAUGGAACUCCUGUCUCAUGCCGAGGCUGCUGGCUCCCAGGGGUGCAGCAGACUGCAGUGAGCAGCAGGAAAGCUGCAUUCCUCACACACUUACUAAUGCCGGCUGGACAUGAGUUUGUCAGCUCCAGGGUGGGGCUUGGACCUCGUGCUGUUAAUCUCCACGCUUCAGACACUGGCUCCAGAAGGAGCCAUUAGGGGAGGUUGGGAGGUUGGGAAAUGGUGCUGCACCCCCCCUUCACCAGCAGCCGUGCCUGACCUUGCCAGAUGCACUGGCUGUUACUCACGUCUCUCCAUGAGCCACGUGCCCUGGUUGUGACUCUUCCAGACCUGUUUUCCCCGAAAGCACUGUGUGUCCCAAUUUUUUGUAAUCCUCGUUGCUUCAGUAAGGUCUAGUGAGGAUGCUGUGGUGCCAGGGGCUGCUUAAGGCUUAGCCCUUCAUUUCUGCAUCGCUUUGAAAGUACCAGUAGGUUCGCUGAGGUCUUCUCAUCACUGCCUUGUUCCUCAUCUGCCGAGCUGCGGUGAGCUGGUAGGACUUGGGUCCUGAUAUUGUUCCUUUCUAGUUGUUUCUCCAGGUCUCCAGAGAUGCAGCAGAGCUACUGGAGUGUCUUGUGAAGGAGGUGGGUUUGCCUUGACCCACACUCCAAGCCUGAUGUUGACCUUAGCAAUAAAUGUGAACUGUGGUGAGAUGUUAGCUCCAGAUCCUGCUUGCAGAAGUUAUUGAGCUACUGAAAGCAUUUUAGACUCUGGACCUAAUAAAGGAGUAGUUAAUAUGCGGAGGUAAGAUCUGAUGGGGAUGUAGGAGGGCAGUGGAGGCAAGAGAGAUGAUGAGAGUGGUCUGAAGCAGAAGGACAACAGUAAAGCAGGGCCUGGAGAGCUGGGAAGGGAUUGGGGAAGGCAGCACUGACUGUGUGUGAUGAACUUAGCUCUGCUAGCCAGAGCUGCCCCCCAGCUGAUCCUUCAGAACACUCUGUGACCCCCAGAGGCACCUCCUGGAGUGGAGCUGGAAGGAGGAGGUGAGGGGGUCUCCGCAGGACUCUCUCCAGCACAAGUGGGGCAGCGUGUGGCUGGGGACGCUGAUCCUGAGCCCUCCAGGUGUCUGGCUGUGGCUGCAGCACGGUCUGUCCCUGCAGAGCUCAUGGUCUGCUACUCCAGACAGACUCAAAGGCAGCUCUUGACUGCUAACUCCCCUUUUGGGGGCAAUUUCAGCUCUUGAUCUCGUUCUUCCUCCUCAUCCUCCUGAUGACAGAGGGAAGAGACAUCAACCCUCUGCUACCUCUUCUUGGAGGGAUGGAGGGGGCAGGAGGCUGCUCCCCACUGCCUGCUGCUUUCCCCUGACACAACCAGUGCACAGAGAUAGGAGAUGGACAAGGGGAGCUCUUACAGCACUGCAAGCUGUUCUUAGCAGUUGCAGUUGCCUUUAUUUCUAGAAGCGCCUCAGUGAUCAAGGAACACCCUUGUGUAAAACAGAGCUCUGCAUUUAUUUCUCAGUUGUUUGGGUUUUAUUAUCAUUGUAGUUCAGGACAAAAGGUGGAAAAGGGACCGCAUAACAGAUGGUUGAGGUGAUGUCUGACGUUUGGAACAGCAGAGACUUACGUGAAAAUGCCAGUGCAGGGAAUUAGGAUUGAUGCACAGGGUCUGCCUUGGGGAGCGGACCAAGGGAGCUCUUUGGCACUGUAUCCACUUCUGCUUCUCCAUCAAGGCUGAUAUGUGAGAUGGGUGUGUUCCAUGUGGCUCUGAAACUCCUCUAAUAAAGAACUAUGUUUCCUCCCCGAUCUUCAAGCUGUUGGGUGUUCCUUGCUUUUGGGAGGUGCUUUAAAUCUGACUGCCAGAGCUGUGGGCUGCUAAGAGCAGAAGCUGUCGGCACGAUGCUGAGCUCAGGUCUUUCUCCUCUUUUCCUGUUGCUCACAGCACUGGAGCUGAGCUGGUCCCUGACUGAUGAAGAAAAGAGGAUCAUCUUGGAUGAGCACAAUAAAUAUCGUUCGCAGGUCUCUCCUCCUGCUGUGGAUAUGCUGAAGAUGAGCUGGGACACGGAGCUGGAGGCCUUUGCCCAGGCCUAUGCAGAGAAAUGCAUCUGGGACCACAACAAGGAGAGGGGCCGACGGGGGGAAAACCUCUUUGCUAUGGCCCCGAUGCUGGAUCUGGAAUUCGCUGUGGAGGACUGGAAUGCGGAGGAGAAAUUCUACAACCUGACGACUUCCACGUGUGUCUCCGGGCAGAUGUGCGGCCACUACACCCAGGUGGUCUGGGCAAGCACGCACCGCAUUGGCUGUGGGUCAAAGUUUUGUGAGAAGAUUGAAGGAAUUGAAACAGAGGACAUGUACCUGCUUGUCUGCAACUAUUAUCCCCCGGGUAACAUGAAAGGCAGGAAGCCAUACAGGGAAGGACCCUCUUGUUCACAGUGUCCCGAGGACAGAGUCUGUGUCAACUCCUUGUGUGAACCCACUAUAGAAGAGACCACUCCACCCUCUGUGACAACAAAGGCAAGCCCAUCCACCCCAGUCACACCAGAACGCACCACACCAGCACCCACCACAGUCACGGCCAAACCAGAACCCACAACCAUGCCCUCAGCCACCACAACAGUAGCCAGCACAGCCAAGGCAGAGCCAAAACCUGCUACAACCAAGCCAUCAUACACCACACCGGUACUCACUACUGCUACAUCCAAGCCAAAACCCACCAUGCUAACAACCACCACUACAGCCAAGCCAGCACCCAGCACAACAAAACCAACAACCACCACACCAGAACCCACCACCACCACAGCAAAACCCACAACAACCACCACUACAACCAGCACUACGGCCAAACCAGCACCCAGCACACCAAAACCAGCACCCACCACACCAAAACCAGCACCCACCACACCAAAACCAGCAACCACCACACCAGAACCCACCACCACCACGGCAAAACCCACCACAACCACCACUACAGCCAAGCCAGCACCCAGCACACCAAAACCAACAACCACCACACCAGAACCCACAACAACCACCACCACAACCACCACUAUGGCCAAGCCAGCAUCCACUACACCAAAACCCACAACAACCACUACAACCAAGUCAGCACCUACUAUGCCAAAACCCACAACCACCACUGCAGCCAAGCCAGCACCCGCCACACCAGAACCCACCACCACUGUGCCAGAACCCACAACAACCACUACAAUCAAGCCAGCACCCACCACAACAACACCUGCAAUCACCACGCCAAAACCAACCACCACUACAACCAAGCCAACACCAACCACGCCAAAACCAACCACCACUACAACCAAGCCAACACCAACCACACCAAAACCCACCACCAUCACUACAACCAAGCCAACACCCACUAUGCCAAAGCUCACAGCCAUCACUACAGUAAAGCCAAAACCUGUUACAGCCAAACCAACAGCCACCACACCAACAUUUACCACCACUACAGCCAAGCCAACAUCCACUGCUAUAACAUCAGCAAAGCCAGAAUCCACCACCACAACAAAGACAGAACACACCAAAACUGAACGUCCCGAUUAUAUUGCAACAACUGGGUUAACACUUUCCUUUGAGCCCACUUUAGACUUGGAUUAUAAAGCAUCUCCAGAAGCAGAGUUAGAUACUGAAGAGCCUGUUGCCUCCUUAGCUACAGAAAAUCCAGACUUAUUAGAAAGUAUGGGCACAGCCAUCAGUCCCAAAUCAGUCCCAGAUACAAAUAACGGUGUGAAAGAGGAUGAGAGAGAGAAGUCAGCCUUCUUUUCCAGUCCAACUCCAUCCCCCAGCCAGAUUAUUCCAGAGAUCAAGUUAGGUUUCAAUAAAGCUGAGCUCAUAACCUCCUCAAAGUCAGUGGUCUCCAGCCCUGAAGAACCCAUCUUCAUGCGUUUAACGUCAUCUUCCAAAGAAAAGGGGCAGAGCCCUGCUUUCCAGACCUCCCUCUCAGCAGAUGCCUCGAAUGCUGAAGAGCUGGAGACAAACUCAGACCAUGAAGGCAAGCAGCAGCCCACAGCUGGAGCUCCCAGCACCCACAGGGGCCUUUUGCUCCUCCUCCUGCCCUGUGUCAUCCUGGUGGGCCUUCUGCUUUGAACAGACUUUCUCAGCUGUCCCUGCACCGGUCGCCAAGGCUUUCUUCAGCAUGGUUGUCCCACCACCCUGGUAGGCUUGGGAGACACCACGGGCAGUUCAGGUUGACUCACUCUCUUCUUCCUCUGGCUCACCCGCUCCAGCCCUGCUGUGCCGAGGGCUACUGGCCAUCACAUGGGCACUCAGUGCCCUUCCUGAGACAGCCCAGGGGCAGAAGGGUGUCUGCCAUCACACUAGUGAACUUGGGUACCAAUACUUCUCCCUUCUUCCCAGCCAGCCUGGGCUUCUGCUCUGUUUCCAAUAGCAGACGAUAAGCUCUCGUUGCCCUGUGUGGCCGGCAGGUCCUGCUGCACCACGUCCCGGGGAAAGCAGAAUGCCCUGGAAACCCAAGUGGCAAUGGGACAUGGAGGUUGGCUUUGGUAUUUGUUUGGAGGCAAGACACGAUCGUUGCGUCUGAUGUCUGUGUAUCAGGAUGGAUUUCUACCAGAAAUGCUCUCUUUCUCUCCUCGUGUGUCUGUUUGUCUCAGUUUUGGAGAAGUGUCCCCUCUUCCUUCCCUGUCCAAAAAUGGCAUUUUUGUCCACAGAAGAGGUUUGUGUUUCCUACUUCUGGGUAGAGCUAUGGCCAGUGUCUAGACAUACUCCUUCUCCUGCCAUCCCUCUGCAGUCUUUACCUCCUUCCUCACUUCUGCUCCAACAGUUACUCCGUUGCCAUGCCUUUAUUGGACGCGUGUGCCUGCACGUGUGUGCCUGCACAGAAGAAAAACCUCCAGCACAGGAGAGGAGUUACUGCUCCUUUCUUCUGCACGGCUUCCCUCUUUGCAGAAUUUAAGUGUACGACGUAUUUGCAGUUAGAUCCAGAUCCUGGUGGAUGUAUAUAUGUGGGUCCAGGAGGAAAAAUAAUCAGGUCUGCUGGUGCAGUUUCAGCUUGAGAGAGCCAAGUGAAUGACGUUAGAGGGUACCGGUGCUUCCAGGACUUGUUGCAGGAUGGCUUUCAUUCUCUGGAGCACUGUGUGUUGUAUUCCUCCAUGUUUCUGCUCUGUUCACCUGAAGAUUCCCAGCAGGGGGUGUUAAAUGUGGGGCAAGUUUUGCAGCCCAGCAGAAGGGACGAGGAGAUCCAGUCCUUCUCUGGUUGCUGCAUUCUUUGGUUUAUUAAACAGAUGAGGUGGAGAUAAGUCCAAUGUCUGAGUCCUCCUCCUGAUGCUGUGUGCAUCUCCAGAGCAUGCACUGAAUAAAUCCUGUUCUGAAA